UUAUCAAACUGUUCCACAUCAUUGAAACCAGAGAACACACCUAUAUGGUGAUGGAACAUGCUGCCGGGGGAGAUCUGCUGAGCCAUAUUGAGGAGGUGGGCUGUCUGCAGGAAGAAGAGACCCACUGCAUCUUCACACAGAUGGCGUGUGCAGUUAACUACUGCCACGAGAAUAGUAUUGCACACAGAGACAUCAAACCAGACAACAUCCUGCUGGACAGCAAAGGAAAUGUCAAACUGUGUGACUUCGGCUUAGCCAUCAGAGUCACCUCUGGGCAGAGGUUCAAGGGAUUCUGUGGCACCCUUGAAUAUUGUGCUCCAGAGAUUUUCACUGAUGUAGAAUAUGACCCACAAGCAAAUGACAUCUGGAGCAUGGGAGUGGUUUUAUACACAAUGGUGACAGGGCGCUUCCCAUUUGAGGCAGAGACCUAUUCACAGAUGAAGGAGAAGAUGCUGCAUCCCGAGUACUCCAUCCCACCGGUGCUCUCCCACAACAUUGUAAACCUCAUUGUGCAGUUGUUCACUGUGGACCCUGAGCAGAGGCCCAAAAUAUGUGACAUUAUGCAGCAUCAGUGGCUCAAGGGCUGUGAAGAACUUUCCAAACCCGAAUCUUCCUUGGAGACGCGACCCAGCAACCCAACUCCCAGUAUUGUGGUGACUAUGUGGACUAUGGGUUACAAUGCCAAGGACAUUAGAGACUCUUUACGUGAAAAAAAAUUCAACAGUAUCAUGGCAACUUACCUAAUUUUAAAACAUCAGUCACCCUGGAGGGACAACAGUAGCCAUCAGAUGAAGCCUGUGUGUCAUAAUGUUGCCAUGACACUUGUAAGCCCUCCCACCUCCCGUCCCCCCUUAAAGAGGACAAGGAGUGAGCCUGCUCUUCACAUUUUUACCUUUCCAGCAAAAUGCCACUUGAGUGACAGUGCCAAGCUUGCCAGGAAGAAGGGAUGCAGAAGUUGCAGCAUGCCUGGCGUCCCGUGUUGCCAACGGAAGAGAGCUCUUCCUCCCGACACAGAUGCCCAGCUUGCUCCUGUGGCUGCUCAGCUUGUGAGCAGCAGCCGUUGGGAGACCAGCAUGACCUCCAAGGGUAUCACAUCCUCAGAGGGUAUUUCUUCUGAAAAAUAUCCGUCCUAUAAGGCACCCCAGAUCGUAGUCACCACUGAGAACAGCUUUUGCAUCCAGAAUAUACCAUCCGAAAAGAACUCCAGAGAGGCAUCCCAGGGUGUGACCACCAGUGGCACAUGUGAAAAUAAGAGGAGCAGAUGCCAUGAGGAAGCAUCUUCUGAAGAAAAAUUCUCAGGUGUCCAACCCCGGGGAACAAACACAGCUUCUCCUCACAGCCUACAGCAAGGCUGGGGGAGGUUUAAGAGGAGAAUGGGGAGUUGUGUGCAAAGACUAUGCUGCUGCCUGCCAGCCCAGCAGACAAGUCGGGUCUUCCAGAAGGAAGUGACUCCAGUGGAGGGGGAAGGCAAUGGCGUCGCACAAAAUCAGUGUUGAGCCUCUGUGUACUCUGAGGCGUGGGAUGGGAAUUGGCCUAAUGCAACAUGAACCGUGUAGGAAAGUCAGAUGGCAGUGUGUCUGCAUGCCCAUCACGGAGGCCUCUGUCAGGCACAGGAGAAAGACAGUGCCAGUCAACUGGAGAAGACUGUGCAUCAUUUUGGCUGGACUGCUGAGACAGUGUUCCCCUUCAGAAAGAUGCUCGAGAAAACCUGCCUGAGCAGAUGGAGAGUCUCAGCAGAGCCUUGAGAAGUGAGCACACAUCUGUGCCUGGCCGCUGGGCUGGGUCUCCUGAGGAGGGCAGUGACCAUGGACCGCCCCCCACGUCUCAGAUCAUGGCUAAUGUGAAGGUGGGAACUUGGAGUCAUCCAGGUGGACCAUCUCUCAUUGAUAUCACAUAGAUCCAGUCUACAACAGACCCUAACACUGUAGUUCUGAAGUAGAAAUCCAACCUGAUUGAAAUAAAUUGGCAUCGGAACACUGCGGCAUGGCUGAGGGAAAUCUGAAGGCAGAGACUCUCAGACGCUCCUGCCCUUCAGCAGCACAGUUGGUAAGGUGACAGAUCCUUUGAACUUCAUCUAAAGACUCAGCAGAGUGGCAGAUGAUGCUCAACACACCAAAUGUAGCAAGCAACUAGGCUUAAGCGUGGAAGAGAUGGCAGAAGACGGGAGCAAUCCUCAAGACCCCAGACUUCUGGUUCCAGCACUCAGGAAAAGCCUCAGGGAUACAGAAAGUGCUCAAGGGACAUAAUGGAGACCAGAUACGUGGAGCUGACCACAGAGUCCAGCAACAGACCCAUCUAAAUGACUAAAAAUUCCACUUGGAAGCUAUAAAAGUCAUAGGAGGAACUGUUCUUGGAAAACAAAGCCUAGAGCUGCCCAUGCCAUCCCUCUCCACAUACACUGCUGAUGUGAACACACCUGUCGCUGCCCUCGGAACACUGCUAGGCACCAGGGCCUGCAGGACAUCCCACUCCCUGCUGCUGGGGACAUAGACACUUCCUAUCCCACAUACACUGCUUGAUAACAUGUUUUGCCUGAGAUCUGUCUCCUCUCACCCCCCACAACAACCCCGCAUAUUCUAGAAGGCAUCAGAAUCCUUCUGCCCCUCCACGCCCACUGCUCAACAAACAUUAGGACUCGGGACCUGGGGGCCACGUCUUCCUCUGCUGAUGCUGCCCAACAGCACUGCCAAUUAAAGGGUUUUCUUGACAUUUCCUCCUCUGCCACCCCUCCCCAAAUGUCGGCUAGGUGUCAUGCCCAGCUAGACACCCUCCCCAAGCCCCAUCACUCUCUCCUCUAUCUCAGGACAUCAUCCUCCAUGUUUCUAUGUAUCAGGUCAUGUUGACCAUUCCUGCCGUGCCCCCCAGUGCACAUGCACUCCCUCCACCUCAUUGCCCCCUAAAUGCAAUUACGUUUUAGACCAUGCCAAACAGCCUGCUUCUAUGCAGCAGUGUACGCUGGGGCACGUGGGGUGGAGUGUCAGCAAGACGACACCUCGCGGUGUAUGUGUGGUGCCAGUCGCAGGGCCGGGAAAGGGCAUCCACCAUUUCUAGCAGCAUAUAUGGGGCAAGGCAGGAGUGGUGGGUCUUGUGAUCCCUAGCAAGGCAGGGUGGAUGGUAUCAGCCAAGGUCUGGUACCCAAAUGUGUUUGUGUGUGUGGGUGCAAGUAGGGUAGAAAGAACCAAUAUCUAGAAGGUGUGUGUGCCAGCUUCAGAGUGGUGUCCAGCAGGGCCUGAUAAAUCGCAGUGUACUUUGGGUGGUAGUAGGGUUGGGGAGAUUAGUAAGAUCUCAUAAAGUACUUAAUGGGAGAUGGAGGUCAGGAGUGUCCAUCAGAACUUGAUACCUAGCAGUCUAUAUGGGGCAUAGUGGGCAUAUCUAGCUGUAUAUGACACCUACACAUUGGGAAAGGAGUGGCAGGGGAGUGUGUUGAGCAUGGCUUGAAGUACAGCAGUAUAUUUGGGGUGGAAAUGAGGUAUGGGGCGUGCCUGGCAAAGCCUGAUACCUUGCCCAACAUGCAGGGUGAUACUGAGAGCUCCAGUAGGACCUGACACACAGUGGUGUAUGUGACACUCCAGGGGUGUGCCCAGUGGGGCAAAUACAUAGCAGUGGGUAUGAGCAAUGGUGAUGUGGGAAAGGAUAUUGCCAGGGGCUGACAAUUAGCAGUUGGGGGGGCAGUAUAUGCUGAGGGCCUGUCAGUGGCAGGGUAGCCUGUUGGCCCUUAGAAAUUGUGGUGUAUAUGUAUCUAGUAUGGCCUUAUACCUAUCACAUAAUGUGGGACAGAGGCAGGUAUCCAGCUAGAUCUAAUACGCUACAUCGUGUCUGCAGGUGCAAUGGGCUUGGCUAUCCAGCAGGUAUCUAAACAUCUGGAAAUUUGUAUAUGAUAUCCACUCCCCUCUUCAGACAUCCACGUGCAAUGCUAGUUUUCAGGCAUCUUCCAGCUUACCAUGGCUUUCUGUCCAGAAGACUUCUAGUUAUCAGGCCUUGCUGAACAAUACCUCAUGGCCACUGCACCACAUACAGUGCUUGGUAUCAGGUCCUGCUGGACAGUCUCCUACCCUCACUGCCCACCAACAUGCACUGCCCAUUAUCAGGCUCAAGUAGGUUUUAGGUCAUUCCAAAUGUAGUCACACUGACAACCAAGAAUCACACCUUGACUUUCCAAAGUUCGUUGCUUGGCAUUAUGCCUCAGGGGACACCCCAACAUCACACUCACACACACACACACACACACACGCAGUGCUAGGUAUUAGGUGUGUUUGGACAUUGCACCCAAACUACCCCAUGUACACUGCUAAGUGUCAGGCCCUCUUGGGUAUCACCCACAGCUACCAACCUGCUACAAUAUAGGCCUGAAAGAGGCUGCCUAGCAGGACCUGAUACCUGACACCCCACAAUAUUUGGGGGAGGGGAGCAGUGGUCCAGCAGGAGUUGAUCCCUAGCAGUACAUAUGGAUUUCCAGCAGGGGCAGGGCUGUCCAGCAGGGCCUAGUCCCCCGAAGUGUAUAUGGAGCAUUGGUAGGACGCUCUGCAGCACACACUCUCACCCAGCUCUGCCCACUCGGUAUCAGGCCCUGCUGGACGGUCCGUCCCCUCUGCUGCCUUCCCCCUUCUCUUCCUCCUGCACACUGCUAAAUGCCGUCUCCUACUGGAAAGAGCCCCUUCCUCAGCAUGCAUACACCGCUAGGUGUCAGACCCUGAUAUCACCCACCAUCUUUGGUACACGGCCACCCGUCAGGGCCUUCCACUGCCACCUCACAUACACCGUUAAUAGCAUGCUUUGGUGGGAUUGCACCCACAUACACAACACCCCACAGACAAUGAGAGGUAUUAGAUCCUGCUGAGCCCACCAUCUCUCAUCGCCCCAUGAACCUCUAGGUAGGAGACCAUGAUUCAUCAUUCUCGCCCAUUACCUGCCCACAUUGCUGCUGCACAGACCACAUGAUACUAGAUAUUAGGUUCAAUUCAAUACCUCCCUCUGUCUCUCAUAAAGUGCUGGGCAUCAGGACAUACUCAACACCCCUUCCUCACCACAACCCAAAUUACAUAUUUGUCAGUUUAUACUUGACAUUGGCCUGUCACCACCAUAUGCAAACUUCUGCAUAUCAGGCCCUACUGGACAUACUCCUGCUACUCACCUCAAGAAACUUCUUGAUAUCAUGUCCUGGUGGCCCCUCACUCCACUUAUACAACUAGGUAUCAGGCCUUGCUAGAUAUCUCCCAAUUCACUGCUGAAACCACCCAUAUUCUGCCAGGUAUCAACGCUCGAUGCUCUUUCCCCUGCCCCAAAUACACAACUUGGUUUCAGAGCUUGCAGGACACCAUGGGAGGCAAGAAGGUAGUUCAGAUUAACACAACUAGCUGGUGUUGGCUCAAACUUCAGUAGUCUGACCCCAAGUAGUUUAUUUUAGGCAUAUUUAAGUACAAUUUGGUGAAAACUUUCCUGGUGAUAAUUUACUCAAUCUUAUGUGCACAAUAAGAUAAA